AUGACCUGCAUGACGUUAUCAUUAAUUUGCACUUUGUCCACAGGCGUGGACGUGAAGCCGUCGGAUGUGGACGGGCUGCCGUACAGCACGCUGCUCUAUGGUAACGGGCCCGGCCACAGUGCCGAACACCGGUUGGUGCCCAUGGUGAACGCCACUGACGCCGAGACGCACAACCGGUUGCACGGGGCCGCGGUGCCCCGUCAGUGGGCCACGCAUGGAGGCGAAGACGUGCCCGUGUACGCGGCCGGGCCACAGGGCAUCACGCAAGCACUGUUCUCCGGCACGUUCGACCAGUCUUACGUGCCGCACGCCAUCGCUUACGUGGCGUGCCUGGCCGAGCACGCCGAACGAUGUCGCCGACAGGACGCCGAGGCCGUCAACCGAAGCAACAGCGACACCACGUUCACCGCCGGUAAGGCGGGAGUCCUUGGGGUCGGACCUUCGUCGCAGGUAACGUUUUUCUUUGAUGGUUUUUUGCUAUUUGUUUUGUAA